CGUGAGCGCUGUAUUUAUUGCAUGUCACGCGCAUGGCGGGCUGUAUGGGGCGCACCCAGACGCCCAGGCAGUCGCUUGGCUUCAUCACGGCCAGAAUUUCGAUAUGCUUCCCGGGAGGAAGAGCGGCUUGUCAAGACCACGCUGCACGAGGUGUCACGGUCACAGGACAUGAAGCUGUCAUUGAAAGUCUACCACUUCCAAGAGCUGUCGAGGACGUCGCUGCGCGACGCGGUGCUCCAAAGUGACUCGCGCUACGUCCAGCUCAAGGAGGACCUGAAGCAGCAGGUGGCGGAGCUGUCGCCGGCUCAGCUGGUGGCUGCCAUGGUGUCCUGUGGCCGACUCACAGUGCGCGAGAAGCAAAUGUGGUGGGACCUGGCGCGGGGCGUGGAGCGUCACACUGUGAAGACCAAGAGCGGCGCGCCUGGGUUGCAGCAUUCGCAGAUUUGUUUGGCCAUGCAUGCGCUGGGGAAAGCCAACGUGAAGAUCAAGGAUCGGUUCUACUACCGGACUUUCAAGCUGAUGAUUAAGAAUGCAGAAGUUUGGACCGAGUUUGACAUGGCCUGGAUUCUGUAUGCGAUGCGAAAGCGACGCUUGAGACCCGUCAACCCUGAGCGGAAAGAUCACCAGAUGUGGGGCAAGGUCAUGAAGGCCAUUGCUGGCUUCUUCCGGCAGAAGUUGCACUUCAUUUCGCCCCGCGGGGUUGUUUGCAUCCUCUACGAGUUCGCCAAACACGGGGUUUUCCCCGGGGAGGUGCUCUUUCGAGCCACCCGGCGAAUCCGGAAGCACAUCGGUGCGCUGAACAACCGAGCGUUGAUUUGGUUGGCCGUGCUGCUGGCCCGCUUCGAUUGGCCCGAGAAGCGGUUGCUGAAGAAGUUUUCGGCGGAAGUUCAGAAACCUCAGCGGCUGGUGCGUAUGCAUCCUCACUCACUGGUGGUGAUCCUCCAUACAUUUGGCCGGCUUGGCUUUCGGGAUGCUGCGCUCCUCAGGAGCCUGUCAGAGCAGCUCACCAAGUCUGCGGACCAGCUGGAAGGGAAAUAUGCAACCAUGACGCUGUAUGCCUUUGGCAAGCUGGGCGUGCGGGGCCCGCUGUGGAAGAUUCUGGCAGAGAAGCUGGAAACCAAAACAGAUUGGCUCUCCCCUGUUGAUAUGGCGCUCAUUGCUCACAGCUUUGGCAAGGUGGCUGUCCGCGAGAAGGGCCUGCUUGAGGGGCCCUUAAGUGAUGCGGCCUUGGUAUCCAUUGCAGGCUUCACUCCAAAACUGCUGGCAUGCCUUUUGGACGGUCUGAAUUUGGCAGGUUGCCUCCGCGAUGACUUGUUCUACGCAGCCGUGGAGGAAUAUAUUCGGCUUGGGUCCAUCGGUGGAAGGCAGCGUCAGCACAUGAUGUCGCGAGUCUUCUUUUCCGUGAUGUUGGAACGCAAGCAUCUGCUUGAAGGAUCACCCCCAUCUUGGCAGCCAUUGAUGAGCCGUGCGGAGCAUGCCCCAAUAGAUGCGCCACCCCGGCCAUACCAUCGGGAGUUGGCCACUUGUGCAACGGCGCUUUCCUUGAAAGCCCGCACCAGGCGGCGAAAGGGCCCAUACGUGGUUGACUUGCACAUCCCGGUGCCGGCACACGUGCCCUCGGGCCCGCACGCCUCGCCAGUCUCGGGUCUGGCGGUGCAUCUCAUGGCGGAGUCGGAGUUCUGCCCUCUGACCAAGGAGCUGCUGGGCCCCACGCGCCUGCGACGGCGCCACCUGACUCAGCUGCAGUGGCGCCACCUGGGGCUGCGGCGCAAGGAGUGGCUGGCGCUGCCGGACUCGGAGGCGCGGACGGACGCGCUGGAGAGCCUCCUGUCGCAGCAGCUGCCGCUGAGGCGCCGGCCCAUUGCCGUGCUGCAGAUCUCAAGUGAAACCACUCCGCUGAUCGGCGCAGAACCUGACAAAGAGGAAGAGAUUAAGGCAUCCACUCCGCUGAUUGGCGCGGAAAUUGAGCGAGAAGUUGAAGAGGGGGAACCACUGAUUAGAGAGCCUGAUCUUGAGGGAGAAGAUCAAGAGAUUAAGGCACACGGCGGAAAAGCUCGCAAGCCAAGGGGGUGGAUUUGUCAAGAUGUGCGUUUCACUGGUGAAUGA